GCAUCUUAAGAGACAGAGUGAGAAUUGUUUUUUGAUGUGUCUAAUUCCUGGAUACAUUAUUUACCUGCUAACAUUUCUUUUCUUCUCUGAAGUCACACAGACAGAUGACAGGAGCGGCUAUGAGUUUAACUGCAGCACUCAGAGGAGUUUUUAUCGUGCUGCUUUCUGUGUCAGUGGUACAGAGUCAGAAUGGCUGGGGAGUGACUUACACUUCUACUCAGAUCUGUGCUGUAAAAGGAUCAUCAGUGGAGAUACACUGCGCCUACACAUACCCACCCAGAAUAAAUAAUGAAACUAUUGAAGUUCAGAAAAGAUUAUGGUUUACUAAAUUGCAACAAGAUGUACCUGUGGAUCUAAAAACUGAUCCAAACUAUGACACUCGAGUGGAGUAUUAUUUUUUUCGGAACAACAGCACUCUGAGAAUCACUGACCUGAGAGAGAGCGACUCAGCUCAAUACAAGUUCAGGUUUGAGACAAACUAUCGUAGUGGACGUUAUACUGGCUCUCCUGGAGUCACUUUGCUUGUUACAGAUGCUCCAAUACGCCACUCUGUGUCAGUGACUCUCUCGGGUGAGAUAGUGGAGGGCAGCUCUGUGACUCUGACCUGUAGCAGUGAUGCUAACCCAGCAGCUAAUUACACCUGGUACAAGGAGGAUGAUCAGAAACCUCUCAGUAAAGACUCCCAGCUCAUCUUCAGCUCCAUUCAGUCUUCUGAUGCUGGAGAGUAUUACUGCACAGCUGUAAACGACCUGGGGACAAAAAGGACUGGACACAACAUCAUCAUUGUGAAUUAUGCUCCAAAGCUUCCCUCUGUGUCAGUGAGUCCCUCUGCUGAGAUAGUGGAGGGCAGUUCAGUGACUCUGACCUGUAGCAGUGAUGCUAACCCAGCAGCUAGUUACACCUGGUACAAGAACAAUGAUCGCAAACCUCUCAGUGAGAGCUUCCAGCUUGGGUUCAGCUCCAUUCAGUCCUCUGACUCUGGAGUGUAUUACUGUAAAGCCAGAAACAAGCUGGGGAUGAAGACGUCUAGGAACAAACUUCUUGAUGUAAAAUAUGCUCCAAAGUUUCUGUCUCUAUCAGUGAGUCCCUCUGAUGAGAUAGUGGAAGGCAGCCCUGUAAAUCUGAUCUGCAGCAGUGAUGCUAACCCAGCAGCUAAUUACACCUGGUACAAAGACAACAAAGUACUGUCAGUAGGACAACAGGGUGUUUAUCACUUUAUCUCCAUCAGAUUGGAGGACAGUGGGGAUUAUUCCUGCAAGUCUGAGAAUGUGCAUGGAGAGGCCAACUCUACCUCUCUAUCAGUGGAUGUACAAUAUCCUCCGAGACUUCCCUUUGUGUCAGUGAGUCCCUCUGCUGAGAUAGUGGAGGGCAGUUCAGUCACUCUGACCUGUAGCAGUGAUGCUAACCCAGCAGCUAAUUACAUCUGGUACAAGGAGGAUGAUGAGUCACCAAAGGCAUCAGGACAGAACUUCACAAUCACUGACAUCCAACCUGAACACAGUGGGAGUUAUUACUGUGUUGCCCAGAACUCAAGAGGACAUCAGAACUCCAUCUUACAGCUGGAUGUUGUGGCAGUGAAAUCAGUAAUAAUCGCGAAUAUCAUCAGGUUGAGUCUGGUGGUUCUGAUGCUGAUUCCUUUGUUUUUGUUGAGUAUACAGAUAAGGAAGAAGAAACGGGCAAACUUACAUACUGGAGCAGGUGGACCUGCUGAUAUGAUCCAGUUAGAUUCUCAUUCUGUUUAUGAGAACCUUUCAGCCUUAAAGGCCUUUGCAGCAAGCACAGACAGACAAGAAGGUGCAGGAAAAUCUGGAGUGAAGUCCAACUAGCUGAGAGUCCUGCAUGGAAGAAACAAAAUGAACUGAAAUCCACGUACCUCGUAAAUAUUAUUUACUUGUUGAACCAGUUUAAAAAUGAUUUAAAGAGAGAAUUGUCAUCCCUAAAGUAGUACAGGAGACUGACGUGAGGUGGGAAUGAAGUGGACACAUUAAACUUAAGCUUUUUUCUUUUUCUUAAGUUUAGCAACACAUUUCAAAACAAAUUUUGUAUUAAUUUUAUUGCUACCGCAUGAUGAUGUGAUGCUUCACAGGGCUAAUGAGAUGUUUGUAAGACGUUUUGCUUUCUACUUUAUUUGCCCUUUAGAUCAGUGAGCUUUUGUUUGCUGUUAAACUGUGAGAUAAACUGUGGGAAACAGUUUCAGCCUUCUGUUGUAUACUUCUGAUGUUUUUGUAAAUACAAAAUGUAAAGUCUUUUUUACAUCAAACUCACACCAUGUAUCUCCCCUCCUUCUAAACAACAGCAACUUCUUCAACUGAAGUUGUAGCAUCAUUUCGGUUUUCUCUAAAUGCAGGGUGAAGGUUUGUAGAAAGUUUUCUUUUUUUCAAUUUAGCUUUAGAUUGUUUUAACGUUUAUUUUCAGAUUGCAUUCUCCUAUAUUAAAGACAAAUACAGUUUACAUGUAUUUUUUUUCUUCUGAAUCCUUCUGUUUUGUCAACAGAAAGAUUAAUUUAUCCAGAGACACUGUGUGCUAUGUACAUCUUUGAAACCAGCGAGGCUUUGUGCAGAUGUAAAAAAUUCAUAUACAUUUGUUGCAUAAAAUAGUUGAUGUCAAUCAGAAGAGAGGUGAUAACCUAAUGCUGUAGCAGGUAUAGUCAUCCAGCUCUGAUGUUUAUCUGAUCACUCUAUUUGCAUUAAAUCACAUAUAUUUGUAUAUUUCCUCCAUAAGCACUUCUUGAAUAAAAUCUCUGAUAUAUCUUUGAUAUAUUA